AGAGUUUUAAGCACAGUGUCUCCUCUAAAAAAAGAUUUUUUAUCUGCUAGUUAUCAGGCUAUAAAUAUUACGCAAGAUUGUUUCCUCUCAGACGAGUCCGUAGAGGAGUACAGAUCGCCGUCUGCUUGCACAUCAUCAUCGUCAUGAAGUUUGCCGUCGUCCUUCUGCUUCUUCUGCCUCUGGCCCUCGCGGCCCCUGAAAAACGCUUUUUUGUGGACUCGCUUUUAGGUCUCUUCGACCUUGAUCAGCUGAAGGCUAUAGUUGGAAAGUUGGCACAUCAGCUGGGCGCUGAGCCCACAGAGCAAGCUUGCGAAGCUGUAUGCCAUGGCGUCAUUGCUGGAGAGACAAGCCUCCUGCACCAGGGCUGCCCCCUGGUGUGCAGAUCCUUCCAGUCCUUGGUUGAAAUGUUUGAUAUCCUGCCUCCCGACACCACACCUGCUUCUCAGUAAAUUGUCUGCACUUGAUUUUCUUGCAUUUUCGAUGAUGAUUUAUUAAAGUUAUUGCUUUAC